GAAGAAAACUUUAAGCUUCAUCCAUCAGAAGAAAACGGAGACGGAGAGUGCGUUUCAGGAGAGGCGAGCCACACCCGUCAUAACUCCACACACUACCUCACACUAAGCAUCCCUGGCCAUGCGGUGCUGCAGGGCGCGGCGGCUGUGGUCCAGGGAGGGCGUGAAGGAGGCGUGGCUGGGGCCUUUGGAACCGCCGGCCCAGACCCCCACCAAGGAACACGUCAGGAGGAAACAGUCUCUUAUGCUACCGCGGAUAAUUUCCUGUACCUACCGCGUGUUUGGGAUGCACCCUUGUACCUUUGACCGCACCACGCACCAGUAUACCAUGCGCUGGUGCUCCCCGUCUGCCUGGUACUCUCUGGUGCUGCUGGCGUGGCUGUCCCUCCUGCUGGUGAUGUCUCUGGUCGGCAUGGUGCGUCUGUUCUCGUCAGACUUCCACUCAGGUUCAAGGGCGGACGAGAUGCAGCUCAUGGCCAUGCUGAUCAUCGUGGGUUGCCUCCUGAACGCCUGGAUGAACAUGUUGUGUCGCUUGCUGCACUGGCGUUCAUUCUGCGACUUCAUCAACAGGUGGAUGCACAUCGCCUCCACCACAGACCUCCACCCCUUCAGGCGCAGCGACAUCAUGCUCUUUGUGUACGUCGCCUCCCUCAUCGCCUUCCUCGGGUCCAUCACGGCGAUGUCCAUGUCCACCUCCUCGGACUUGUUUCUCGGUGCCGUGGACGUCCUGGCGCGUGUCCUGCUGCUGACGGAGGACAAGGCACCCGACAACACCUCCUGGAAGACUCAGGUUUUCCACGUGGUGCUGGCUGUGGUGGUGGUGCAAAUCUACCUGGUGUACAAACUGUCGCUCUUCUUCUUCGUGGCAGCGUGUCACUUCCUAUACAACUCCCUAGACGCGUGGAGGGGCCAGCUCUCAGGGUGCCUGGAGGCCAUAUGGGAAGACAGCACAGACACUGGUGGUGGUGGUGGAGGAGGCUUCGAGGCUGACCUGGCACAAUUGGUGAACCUCCACUACGAGCUGGUUCAGAUGGUUCGACACACAGAGCGUCUCUUCUCCCCCACCCUGCAGUGUUUCUACGGGACACAGGUGGUAACACUGUGCCUGGAGCUGUAUCUGGUGGCAUAUCGUGUGGGCAUCGGAGCGCCUUUCCAUCACCUGGAGGCGGCAUGGCAGCUCCUCGUCAUUGUGCAGACCUGCCUCGUCUUCCUCUUCGUCUCCCUCAAGGCCAGCAGGGUGGCAGAAGCGGCUGAGAAUUGUACAGACAUCCUUCGGCGGAGUCUCCCUUACAGCGCCUCCGUCAGGGAAAAGUAUCACUUUAGCGAGCUGGUUGUGGCCUUGACGUCAGACCGCAUUUGCAUCACUGGCGGCCGCUUCUUCUACAUCAACCGGCCCUUCAUCAUCACGGUGGUGGGCGCUGUUGUGUCCUACUUCGUCAUCGUUCUGCAGCUCAAGUUGCCUACGGUGUCUGCUCAGGUGGCGUCAGGCUAGGCGCGCUGCUCUCUGCUGCGUCAGGACGGCGGAGACUGCAGUAAGAAAGGAA